AUGCUAGUGGACCAUUCCCCACCACGAGACUCAUCUGGUUUAACGAAGGGAAAUCACACGGGAGGCACUACGAACCCGCCAGAGAUCACCCAACAGAAACGACCUAAACUCUGGUUUGCGCAACUCAAAAGCGAGUUCGUGAUGUAUAGGAUCCAAUCCAACAAGAUUAAAUAUAGUUCAGUCAUCCGACACCUCGACGAGCAGACUAUGCUAGCAGUGACGGAUAUUAUAAAAACGCCGUCAUCAACAAAUAAAUACCAACAGUUGAAAGACGCGCUGAUAGUCCGCUUCACAGACUCGGAAGAGAAAAGAUUACGGCAACUAAUAGCAGGCAUAGAAUUAGGCGAUAAAAAACUCUUCAAUUUACUAUGCAAAUUAAAACAACUCGCAGGAGGCACAGUAAACGACAGCGUUUUACAAACGCUCUGGAUGCAGAGGUUAUCCAUGCGGAUGCAGGAAACGCUAGCAGUGGUGGACGACGCACUGUUGAGCAAUUUAACCAAGCUUGCGGACAAAGUACACAAGCGCAACCACAAUGUUUUUAUCGCAGCAAUCAAAUUGCCCGAAACAGUAAGCUCACCAACGGCAACUCAGUUGAUCAACGAGCUAGAAAAAAGGCUGGCAGCAUUAGAAGUUAUAAUCCAACGAGGUAGGUCAAGAUCAAGAUUUCAAACUACACAAAAGACAGACGUCGUCGCAGAUCAUCAUCAGCGAGCCCAGUCUCGAGGAUUCUAAUCUUUGCUUUUAUCACCAUCGCUUCGGU